AUGGCACAAGACGGCCCUUCAUCCAUUUGGACACCCUCAAGCUGGAGAUCCAAACCUGUCCUCCAAUCCGUGACGUACAACGACACCCAAAGCUUCACCCAAGCCAUCGACAAACUCAACAAGCUCCCACCUCUCGUGAGUCCGCGAGAAAUCGUCAAACUUAAGAACGAGCUCCGUGAAGUCGCACGGGGAAAUGCUUUCUUACUCCAAGGCGGCGACUGCGCCGAACUCUUCGACUACUGCACCCAAGACAUGAUCGAGGCCAAGGUCAAAUUACUCCUGCAAAUGUCGCUGGUCUUGAUCUAUGGAGCAAAGAAGAAAGUCGUCCGCGUCGCCCGGAUGGCAGGACAAUAUGCCAAACCACGCUCAUCUCCCAUGGAGACGGUCAAGGGCGUCGCCAUGCCCAGUUUUCGAGGCGACAUCUUGAACAGCUACGAACCAGACCCCAAAGCCCGAGAACCAGACCCAAAGAGACUCGUGGACGCAUAUUUCCAUUCAGCCGCCACGCAGAAUUACCUCCGGGCGGCGGUCUCCUCUGGUCUCGCGGACCUACAUGCUCCACUGGACUGGAGUCUAGGCCAUGUCCGCGAUCCCACGGUCCGGGAUAAAUAUCAAGUGAUCGUGGAGCGCAUCACCGACACAUUAGAGAUGAUGCGCACGAUCGGACUCGACACAGGCGGCGGCCUCGAGACGGUCGACCUCUUCACCUCACACGAAGGAUUACUCCUUGAAUACGAGCAAUCUCUAACCCGUCUCUCCAAACACCCUUCCAACGCCUUUCAGCCAACACGAUUACCAUCUCACUCCUCCUCAAUUCACAAAACCCGCCAAGCCUCGCUUCCAACACAACUUCCACCCCCUCCACCCCCGACACAAGGCUACUACGACACAUCCGCCCAUUUCAUUUGGAUCGGCGAUCGCACUCGCCAACUCACACACUCUCACGUCGAGUUUUGUCGCGGUAUCGCCAACCCCAUCGGUGUCAAAGUCGGCCCCAGCAUGCCAGCUUCAGACCUUGUCCCUCUCCUCGACAUCCUCAACCCAAGCCAUGAAAUCGGCAAAAUCGUCCUCAUAACCCGCUAUGGCCACGACAAAAUCGCCACACAUUUACCAGGUCAUAUCCGCGCGGUCCAAGCCUCCCCCCACCGCGACACUGUCGUCUGGCAAUGCGACCCGAUGCAUGGCAACGGGCGAAAUGCAACGGUCCAAGUUCCCUCCACAUCCGCCCCUGGUGAUCCUGAAACUUCCACGAUCAAGACCCGACGCUUCAGUGAUAUCUUGUCUGAGCUCAAACAAGCGCUCCAAAUCCACCGCUCCAUGUCCAGCUACCUGGGCGGCGUCCACCUUGAGUUGACGGGAGAAGCCGUGACCGAAUGCGUUGGUGGCGCCGAGGAACUGACUGAACAGGACCUGAGUCUCAACUACGCGACGUUCUGCGAUCCAAGGCUGAAUGAGAAACAGGCGCUCGAACUGGCAUUUUUAGUUGCGGGAUUUUAUCGCGAGAAUCAAAAUGAUACGAGAAAAAUGGACGUAAAUGGGACUCGAACGUCAAUAUCAUUAUGA